UUAGCUAGAUCCUCCUGAGAGAAAAUUUUACCCAUAAGUAGGAAUAGAUGCUCUGUGAUGGAUUCAUAUUAAAGGGGGUCUCUAUAUAUCUCUAUAUACUCUAUAUACUAUGAACCAACCAGUCACAACUUUUGACACAAACCAAUGAAGGUGGUGUCACAACAAUGCCUCUUCCAGAAUAGCCUUCUAUCACCUCUCUGCUACCCCUUUCAUGCAAUCAUCAAAAAAAAUUGACCCUAUAUGUCAAAAGAAGGAGUGGUGUUGGUUGUAUUUAACUGACAAGAUUGUACAAUAAGUACAGCUGACCAAAGUUCACCCAAACACUUCAACCAACCAUGAAUUGAAGCUUCUAAGUUUCAAUAUGAGAGAACAACCAGUAUUUCACCUUGAGGAACAUGGUCAAACAGAGAGGUCCCAAUGGGUGCUUGAUUCUCCCAAUCCACCCCCUCUUUGGAAGAAGAUAUUUACUUCUGUCAAAGAAACCAUUCUACCUCAUGGGAACAAAUUCUGCUUCUCUUCCAAGAGGAAAACCUCCCAUGGACGUGCUUUCUCAUGCUUGCAGAAUCUGUUCCCUAUCAUUACUUGGUUAAGAGAUUACAAAGCCUCCAAGUUCAAAGAUGAUCUCUUAGCUGGUUUAACUCUUGCCAGCCUCAGCAUACCCCAGAGCAUAGGGUAUGCUACGUUAGCAAAAGUUGCUCCUGAAUAUGGUCUGUAUACUAGUGUUAUUCCUCCUCUUAUUUAUGCUAUGAUGGGGAGCUCAAGAGAAAUUGCAAUUGGACCUGUGGCUGUGGUGUCAAUGCUGUUAUCUUCUCUGGUUCCAAAAGUGGAAGAUCCUGUUGCCAAUCCUCAUGCCUACAGAAAUCUUGUCUUUACUGUGACUUUCUUCACUGGAAUUUUCCAAACUGCAUUUGGUGUUUUCAGGUUGGGUUUUCUUGUGGAUUUUCUUUCGCAUGCUGCCUUAGUUGGAUUCAUGGCAGGCGCUGCCGUCAUUAUAGGUCUUCAGCAGCUCAAAGGUUUGCUGGGGAUUAGUCACUUUACCUCCAAAACAGAUGUAGUAUCAGUGUUGGCAUCUGUUUAUAAGUCACUACAUCAUCAAAUUGCCUCAGGAGAAAAAUGGAAUCCUCUGAAUUUUGUCCUCGGAUGUUCAUUCUUGAUUUUCAUUCUAAUUACCCGUUUUAUUGGAAGAAGAAACAGAAAGUUUUUCUGGUUGCCUGCUGUUGCUCCUCUUCUAUCAGUUAUACUAUCAACUUUGAUCGUAUAUUUGUCUAGAGCUGAUAAACAUGGUGUUAAUAUAAUAAAGCAUGUCAAAGGAGGUCUGAAUCCAAGUUCACUGCACCAGUUGCAACUCCAUGGUCCACAUGUUGGACAAGCAGCUAAAAUUGGUUUGAUUUGUGCAGUUAUAGCUCUGACUGAAGCUAUAGCGGUUGGUCGAUCUUUUGCUUCCAUUAAGGGAUACCAUCUUGAUGGGAACAAGGAAAUGUUAUCAAUGGGCUUCAUGAACAUUGCAGGAUCUUUGACUUCAUGCUAUGUAGCAACGGGUUCUUUCUCAAGAACUGCAGUGAAUUUUAGUGCUGGGUGUCAAACAGCAGUGUCAAAUAUAGUGAUGGCUGUUACAGUGUUUUUGUCCCUAGAAUUGUUUACAAGGCUCUUAUACUACACCCCUGUGGCUAUCCUUGCCUCUAUCAUUCUCUCUGCUCUUCCUGGAUUAAUUGACCUAAGUGAGGCUUGCUAUAUUUGGAAGGUUGACAAGUUGGACUUUCUUGCCUGCAUUGGUGCUUUUCUUGGGGUCUUGUUUGCAACAGUAGAGAUUGGCCUUCUUGUUGCAGUGAUAAUUUCGUUUGCAAAGAUACUGAUUCAAUCAAUUCGACCUGGAAUAGAAGUUCUAGGUAGAGUUCCAAGAACAGAAGCCUUCUGUGAUGUUACUCAAUACCCCAUGGCCAUAAGCACUCCGGGCAUCACAGUGAUUCGCAUAAGUUCUGGCUCACUCUGUUUUGCAAAUGCUAAUUUUGUCAGAGAAAGAAUACUCAAGUGGGUCUCGCAAGAUGAAGAUGACCCUAAAGAAUCCACCAAGGGCCGAGUCCAAGCAGUAAUUCUGGACAUGACAAACCUGAUGAAUGUUGAUACUUCUGGAAUUCUAGCACUUGAGGAACUGCACAAGAGGUUGCUUUCCCGUGGAGUAGAAUUAGCUAUGGUGAACCCAAGGUGGCUAGUAAUCCACAAGCUUAAGCUUGCACACUUCGUAGACAAGAUUGGAAAAGAAUGGGUUUUCCUUACUGUUGGAGAAGCCGUAGAUGCAUGCCUUUCUGCCAAAAUUGCAAGAGCUUGAUUCAUAUCAUGUGUAUGUGCACCCAUUCUGAACUUCAUCUAUUGCACAGGGUUUGGUUUUUGUUUAAAAUGUUAGUGCAUAAUUGGAUAUCUAAGCACAUAAAUUUGCGUGAUGUAUUUUGUAUAACACAAACUGAACAUCUAUACCGAAAAAGGGAUCAUGCCAUGCUAUAUUGGAUGGGGUUUCUAAACCUCCUUGUUAUAACAUCUCAAUUUUGGACA